AUGGAUUAUGGGAUGCUGGAAGAGUUUGUUACCAUGGUCACAGAGAUGCUGGUCCUGGAGUUGUAUUGCUCCAAGCCCAUCACAGACCUCCAGACCAUUCAGCCACACCUGGACAGGAUACAGACCCUCACACAUCUCUGGGGGACACGGACUGAUGAUGGAGAUUUAUCAGACUCCAACUUCCUGAGUCUGAUUCAAACCCUGCUAAAAGACCCAGAUGAGAUGGAACACUUCUUUCAGGCUGCAUUCCUGCUCAGUGAUGUCCCCUCUGUUCUGGAGGAAUGUGUUGAGUCCAUGUCUCACCCUCAGCAGCUGAAAACCCUACUUCAGUAUCACAGAGACCUCGGCCAGCUGGACAACCAUGAUACUCUGUCUUCCACCGACGGGGACUGCAUUCUCUCUGCUCUCUGUCUCCCUCCUGUAGAAAGGGUGGUGAUUGCAACAGAACAGACAGAGUCAGAAACACCAGUAUCAUCCUUGAAUGUCUUCAUGGAUACAUUCACCAAAGAGUUGGAGGUGGACUCUGCAACAUUGACAGAGUACACAGAGAUGGAACCGGGGACAAGUAUGGAUGUAGUAGAAAGAGAGGAGAGGGUGGAAUGUGAGAGAAACAACAAACUAUCUAUAGAGUUUGCUGACCUUGUGGACCAUGAGGACAUGGAGGUUCAUGCCGGUAAUGAAGAAGAGAAGGUUGUGUGGAUUGGACCAGUAAAAGAUGAGACGGAAGAUAUUGUUGAAGAGGUGGACUCCAGGUACGAAACAGUGAUGGUUAUUGGGGCAGAUGGGGUGGCGCAGACUUAUGAAGAUGUAAGUGUCAAAAGGAAGAGAUCUUUCAGAAAGCCUAAAAUAAAGACACAUAAAGCCAGGGGAAGUCAUGGAGAACAAAUUACAAGCAGAGACGUGUCUGAUGCGAUCAUAUCCUCCAUGCUUCACAAGCCUUUAGUGAAGCUACAAAGGAUUGACACUACUAACCUGAUGUUGCCCUGUAGACCAGUUAGACAAAACAGGGGGCGUAAGAUGAAAACAUUGCUAGCACGAGAAUGUAAACAAACCGAAACAGAACUGACUGAAGAAAAAAAUAUUAAAGAGCAGUGCAGACAUGACGCGGCACCAGAAAAUACACACAGGGGAGCGCCCAUUUCCGUAUCUCCAGUGUAGGAAGUGCUUCCAGUGCCAUUUUGAUCUGACGAG